AUGAGAACACCAAUCCGGAAAUAUAUAAAGAAAUGUCCUGUAUGUCAAAUCAACAAAACUCAAAACCUCCAAUCCAUUGUUAACUCAGCAUUAAAUGGAUUGAUGCAUACAAAUGUCUACCCCCCAUCUCAAUUGAUUCACGAACUUAAGCAAAUACAACUGACAUUACCGUCUACACUAGAGCUACCUAUAACUAAAUCCCAUUUAUCCAUUCCUGAAUUAUUCCGAACAUCCAAGUUAAGCGUAGUGUGCAUACAACAGAAUCUCGUAUUUGCGACCCGUAUCCCCUUAUUGUCAAAUCUUCGGUUUAAUCUGUUUCAUAAUAUUCCACUUCCGAUACCUACAAAUAAAGGUAAUAUAGUAAUCAUUGAACCCCAAGCUCAGUACUUGGCAAUAAGCGACACUAGAAAAAACAUUUCAGUCUAA